CAUUGCGCAACAUUGUCCAACGCUGUGCAAUCGUCCUUGAACAAUAAUCCACAUUGAUUGUCCACUGACGUCACUAAAAUCCCCACUAAACUAUUUAAAUAGCGUUUGUUGGACUUCUCUUGCAUUGUUAGGCAGUAUUUUGUGUCGAAUUGACUAUCAAGAUGAGAAAUUGUGAUUGUGAACGUCGUGGGUCCCACGGUGAUGGGCACCAUGGGCAUGGGCAUCGAAGGUCAAAUAGUCCACAAGCUGGUGGGGAUUGUCCCAAUGUUGGUGGAGGACACCGUGGUGCCCAUGGGCAUGGGGGAUGUCCUGGUUUUCGUGGACAUGGACAUCAUGGACAUGGAGGUUUUCAAGGACACCACCAUGGUGGGCAUGGACAUCAUGGGCAUGGGGGGCAUCAUGGACACCAUCAUGGAGGACAUCAUGGGGGUUAUGGACACCAUGGCCAUCAUGGACACGUCCACCAUGGAUGUUGCUAAUUAUCAAAGAAUACUCACAUGUCCUUGAUUUGUAUUUUUUUGACAAAUAAAUGCUUCAUACUGUAAUAA